AUGCUCGACGAACAGAAACAGACGCAGGACCAGACUAUCGACCAAGAAAAGUCCACGCUAGGUGACCAGUCCCCGAAUGCAGAAACUGCGACCGUCGCGCUCCAGCUUUCGCACACCGCGGAACAGAAGGGUUUCGCUGGCAAGACGUUUCGCCCUGACUUCAUCGCUCGUAUAACAUGGCCUGUACCUCACAUCAUGGUCUUUAUUGGUGACGUCGAAUAUGCGUGCGGGAGACAAGCCAUCGCGGAAAUGGGGCACAGGGGACUUCUAGAGUGGAUACACAAGAGCUUUCUAUGGAAACCGAAGAGGGUGUACGACACAUACAACCCUGCAAUCCACUUCAACCAGUCCCAGUUCUCGAAGGAGGCCUCUCUUCUGGGCACAUUCUAUCACAUACACGGGGAGGACGACCUGGGCCCCGUUCCUCUGAGUGAGGUGGGCUGGGCGCAAAUGAUGACAAACAUUGUGAAAAUAGAAUUGUACUACGAGAAGACGGGGGACGAUAAGUAUUAG